CCACUCGUGUGAAAUAAUUCAGAGAAGGUCCAUAAAUAUCAAUCUUACAAAACCUUGGAGAGGGAUCAGAUCAUCGCCCAGUGGUGCAGAGUAGAGAUAUGGAGGAAUAUGCCACAGCCAAACAGCCCCCCCUUCUUCACACGCUCACGCCCUCCCGCCGCACGCUUGCCAACCGUGCGUUCGCACUGGUUUACACGUGCGCCAUCCUCGCCGUACUCUGCCGCCACGCAGCGGCCGCCCUGGGCUCCGCCACCUAUCUCUCCUUCGUCACCUCCGCUACCCUCUUCAUCGCCGACUUGGUUCUAGGAUUCUGGUGGUUCUCCGCGCAGGCCUUCCGCUUCCGCCCGGUCCACCGCCUCGUCUUCCCGGAAAACCUGGAGAAAGUGCUGAAGAGACGGGAAUUUCCGCCGCUGGACAUCUUCAUAUGCACGGCGGAUCCCUACAAGGAGCCGCCGAUGACCGUGGUGAACACCGCCCUGUCGGUGAUGGCUUACGAUUAUCCGCCGGAGAAGAUUUCGGUGUAUGUUUCGGACGACGGCGGCUCCCAGCUGACUCUGUUUGCGUUCAUGGAGGCCGCCAGGUUUGCAAGCCAUUGGAUACCCUUUUGCAGGAAGAAGGAGAUUGCGGAGAGAUGCCCAGAAGCUUUUUUCGGAUCAAAUUACAGUCAAUCCUCGGAGACUGAACAAAUUAAGAUGUUGCAUCAAAGCAUGAAGGUAAGGGUAGAGAACGUAGUUGAGAAAGGAAAAAUUCCAAAUGAAUUCAUCACUUCCGAACAAAAACGCCAAGUGUUUAGCAUAUGGAGUGAAGAAUUUACCCGCCAAGAUCAUCCUGCUAUAGUUCAGGUCUUGUUGGAGGCGAGGGAAGACAGGGACAUAACAGGGCAAUCCAUGCCAAAUUUGGUGUAUUUGUCCAGAGAGAAGAGCAAAACGUCUUCCCAUCACUUUAAGGCUGGUGCCCUUAAUGCCCUGCUUCGAGUAUCAGCUAUUAUGACAAACGCACCUAUAAUACUGACUCUGGAUUGUGACAUGUACUCCAAUGAUCCUAAAACACCCCAUAUUAUGCUAUGCUUCUUUUGUGAAUCCAAAAUCAAGCCCAAUUUAGGGUAUGUUCAGUUCCCUCAACACUUCCAUGGGAUUGACAAACAUGAUAUAUACGCCAAUGAGUUUAAACGUAUGUUCGAAAUUAAUCCAGUCGGACUUGAUGGGCUAGCAGGCCCAGAUUAUUUUGGGUCUGGGUGUUUUUUCUGGCGUCGAGUUUUCUUUGGGAGUCCAUUGUCUUUUGUGGGCCCUGAGAUCCCCGAGCUUAGGCCUGAUCAUGUGGUGGACGGGCCCAUCAAGGCCCAACCAAUAAUGACAUUUGCGCAACAUGUAGCAAGCUGCAAGUACGAAGAGCAAACCAACUGUAAUUGGGGGGCUAAGUUGGGCUUCAGAUAUGGGUCCUUGGUUGAGGACUAUUAUACUGGCUUUCGGUUACAUUGUGAGGGAUGGAAGUCUGCAUUUUGCAAUCCUAAGAGGCCUGCGUUUAUUGGGGACGCUCCUAUCACACUGGUUGAUGCAUUAAACCAAGCCAGGAGAUGGAAUGUGGGCCUCCUUGAGGUUGCAAUCUCCAAAUACUGCCCAUUAACUUUCGGGGUCAAGAGUAUGGGGCUACUAAUGGGCCUUUGCUAUGCCUACUAUGCUAUUGGGCCAAUUUUAUCAAUUCCAAUCACCAUAUAUGCAUUUUUGCCUCAAUUCGCUCUUCUCAACGGAAUCUCCAUCUUCCCAGAGGUCUCGGAUAAAUGGUUCACGGUGUAUGUUUUUCUAUUUAUGGGGGCAUAUGGACAAGAUUGUUUGGACUUCAUGUUAGCUGAAGGGACCUUUCAGAAGUGGUGGAGUGACCAACGGAUGUGGAUGUUGAGGGGGGUGACAGCCCAUCUUUUCGGGUCAAUUGAGUUUGCCUCCAAGCACCUAGGCUUAGCUACACAAGGGUUUAGCAUAACUAGCAAAGUGGUAGAUAAUGAACAAAGCAAGAGGUAUGAUCAAAGCACCUUUGAGUUUGGAGUCCAUUCGCCUAUGUUUGUAUCACUCACAAUGGUUGCAAUCAUCAACUUCAUCGCUUUCUUUGGAGGGUUGGUUAAAGUAUUUCUCACAGGUACUGGUAACGCAGACCAAUUGUUUGUUCAAAUGUUCAUUGCUGGCUUUGUAGUUGUUAACUGCUGGCCAGUGUAUGAUGCCAUGGUGUUGAGGACUGAUAAAGGGAGAAUGCCUACCAAAACCACCAUCAUUUCCAUAUGUUUGUCUUUGACUUUAUAUGUAGUGGCUUCUUUUAUGCUCAGCCAUCGUUUAUCUAGUUGAUUUGAUUUGGUCAUAUAUAGAAAUGUUUCAACUUCUAGAAUUUAUAUACGUAUAUAUAUAUAUAUAUGUUAGCAUAAUUAGUAUUUUAUAAUAAGGGUAGUUUAGUUUUUUUCAUAAUAAAGGUAGUUUAGUCUUUUCCUUUGUUUGUUGUUGUAUA